UGUGGUGGAGGCGGCGGCAGCGGCGGUUAAGUGGGCGGGCGCUUUGCCCGGGCUGCUGCCGAGGAACGCCGCUCCAUGCCGCCCCGUGGCGGCCCUCCGCUCGCGGCCUCGUCGUCGUCCGGCUGGGGUCGUACCUGCGGCCGGUAAGCGCGGCCGUAUGAGCCUUAGGCGGCUCCCCUUGCGGGCAGCGCCUCCCCCCUUAUGGAGGAGCCGCUCCCUCCGCCUCCUGCAUGGAGCCUUUCGCAGAGCGCAGCCCGCACCGCCCCCGCCAGCCGGGCGAGGAUGAAGAAGCGGAGGGGGCGGCGGCGCGGACGGCCAGCCCCGGCUGGGAGAAGGCGGGCGGCGGCGGCGGCAGCCUCUGGACGGCCGUGUUCGAAUACGAGGCGUGCGGCGAGGACGAGCUCAGCCUGCGCCCUGGCGACGUGGUGCAGGUGCUCUCGCAGGACUCGCGGGUGUCUGGCGACGAAGGCUGGUGGACCGGCCAGAUCGACCGGCGCCUCGGCAUCUUCCCCAGCAACUACGUGAGCAGGAGCGGCGGCCGCCUCCGCCGGGGGGCCGCUGCGGAGGUCCAGCCCCACUCCUUGCAGCCUCCGGCCAUACAGUUGCUGGAGAUUGACUUCUCAGAGCUUGUUCUGGAAGAAGUUAUCGGCAUAGGAGGCUUUGGGAAGGUCUAUCGUGCAGUUUGGUUUGGAGAGGAAGUUGCAGUUAAGGCAGCUCGCUAUGAUCCAGAUGAAGACGUCAAUGAAACUAUUGAGAAUGUUCGUCAAGAAGCUAAACUCUUUGCAAUGCUCAAACAUCCCAACAUCAUUGCCCUUAAAGGUGUAUGUUUAAAGGAACCUAACCUUUGCUUAAUCAUGGAAUUUGCCCGUGGAGGAUCACUAAAUAGGGUAUUGUCUGGAAAAAGAAUCCCCCCAGACAUACUGGUGAACUGGGCUGUCCAGAUUGCUGGAGGCAUGAAUUAUUUGCAUGAUGAAGCAGUUGUUCCUGUUAUCCACCGGGAUCUCAAAUCCAGCAACAUAUUGAUACUUGAGAAGGUGGAAAAUGGGGAGCUGACCAACAAGAACUUGAAGAUCACAGAUUUCGGCUUGGCCAGGGAAUGGCAUAAGACAACCAAAAUGAGUGCAGCUGGGACAUAUGCCUGGAUGGCUCCUGAGGUCAUCCGCUCAUCCAUGUUCUCUAAAGGCAGUGAUGUGUGGAGCUAUGGUGUGUUACUAUGGGAAUUGCUAACUGGAGAAGUACCAUUUCGAGGAAUUGAUGGCCUAGCCGUUGCAUAUGGUGUUGCCAUGAAUAAACUUGCUCUUCCCAUUCCUUCAACAUGCCCAGAACCUUUUGCCAGACUGAUGGAAGAUUGUUGGAAUACUGAUCCUCACUCUAGACCAUCUUUUGCCAGCAUUUUGAACCAGCUUACUAACAUAGAAGAGUCUGGUUUUUUUGAAAUGCCAAAAGACUCCUUCCAUUCCCUACAAGAAGACUGGAAACUUGAGAUCCAGGAGAUGUUUGACCAACUCCGGGCCAAAGAAAAGGAGCUGCGAACAUGGGAGGAGGAGCUAACAAGAGCAGCACUUCAGCAAAAGAACCAUGAACAGAUGCUGCGGCAGCGGGAGCAGGAACUAGCAGAGCGGGAGAUUAACAUCUUGGAGAGAGAGCUCAACAUAAUCAUCCACCAACUGUGCCAGGAUAAACCCCUUGUGAAAAAACGUAUGGGCAAGUUUAGGAAGAACCGUCUCAAGCUGAAGGAUGGCAAUCACAUCAGUCUCCCUUCCGAUUUCCAGCACAAAUUUACUGUGCAGGCAUCCCCGACCAUGGAUAAAAGGAAGAGCUUGAUCAGUAGUUGUUCCAGUCCUCCUGCCAGUCCUACCAUCGUUCCCAGGCUUAGAGCCAUCCAGUUGACACCCAGUGAGAGCAACAAAACAUGGUGUCGCAACUCAGUAUUCCAGAAGGAGGAGGAAGGAGAAGAUGAAAGGAGAGGCUCGAAGAAGAAAGGUCGCACAUGGGGACCAAGUUCACUUUGUUCGAAGGAGUUAGCAACAGGCGAGGAUGGUCUAAAGGUUCUGGUGGAUGGAUACAGACAGUGGUCAUCAAGUGUUCCAAACCUAGGAAAGGUCCAGAGAAUAGCAGCCACUUUGCCUGGAUUUACAAGUCUAACAGAGAUGGAGAAUGAAGAUAAUGAUUCUUUGAAAAAUGCAGAGGGCAAGUUGCAGCAAUCACCUGGACCUAACCAAUCAUACCUCUGUAUCCCAUUUCAGAAGAAUGAGGACUGGGAUGGCCAAUCCAGUGAUGCCACUCCUGUGAACUCUGCUACAAGUACCCCUCAACUCACCCCUACCAACAGCCUCAGGCGUGGUGGUUCCCACCACAAACGAUGUGAGCUUGCCUUUCUUGGUUGUUCAGCAGUUCUAGCUGCUGCUGGCCUAGGCUUUGACCUGUUGGAAGCAGGGAAGUGCCAACUGCUAACUCAGGAUGAACUGGAAGCCCCCAGGGAAGAGAAGAAGAAACGUGAAAGUAUCUUUCAGCGAGCUGGGCGCUCCCGUCGGAGUACCAGCCCUCCUUCAAGGAAGCUCUUCAAGAAAGAGGAGCUGGGCGAGCCUCCCAAUUCCUUGACCCUUCUUUCCUUGUCUUCCAUUUCUGAAUGUAACUCAACUCGAUCCCUGCUACGCUCGGACAGUGAUGAGAUUGUAGUAUAUGAGAUGCCUGUCAGCCCUGUGACAGUGAAGGCUCCCUUGCCAAUAGUUAGUAAUCCACUGGUUAAUACACGUGUUGAGAAAUUCAAGCAGGAUCCCAACCAGUCAUUGACUCCCACACAUGUGACUCUCUGUUCAGAAGCUCACCAAGGGGGCCACAGACGCACCCCCUCUGAAGGUGCCAUAAAAGUUGCUGGUGUCCUUACCAAUGGAUACCCUUCUAGUAAUUCCCCUACAGGAGCACUGGGAGCAGGUGUGUUAAAAAUGCUCAGCCCAAGUCAGGGCACAAAUGAAGUCCCCCGACUGCCAGACCCCAACCUCAUCUUUCCUCCAACCCCCCCCAGAGCUAUAAUCCUCUCGGGACAAAGGCUAGCUUAGUCUUGGAAGAGGCCCCGAAGACUCUGGGAAUUUCCUUGCAUCUGGGCCUCGGCUUGCUUCCACCAACAGGCAACGGCUUGACCCCUGGUGGUUUGUUUCACCCAGUAAUGCAAGGGGUGAAUCCUCUGCUAAUAGCUCCAGUGCUGAAACCCCCAGUAACCUGGACUUUUGCUUUGCCAGCAGCAGUAGCACUGUUGAAGAGAGGCCUGCACUACUUCCAUUUCAUGUCAGCGUGCCAGAAGAACGGACGCUAUUGGACGUGGAUGCUGAAGGUCAGAGUCAGGACAAUACUGUUCCACUAUUCAGAACUGAACUCAAAACACACAAACCUACAUCAUACGACCUCAAACAAGAGUUCUGGUCCUAGCAUGAAAUCCACUAGGGAUUGGUAAACCCCAUUCUCUUCAGUUCUACUUCUUGCACUAAGAAUGCACUUUGAACACGGGUGAAGUAGAGAGAUGCUGCUGAGGUCAUGUCACUUAUGCUGUGCCUGCCACAGACAUGGUUAUUAGGUUUCUUGAGUGUGAUUAUUAUGGAGGUUUUUUAUGAUUGUUAUUUUCGUAGCUGCACGUACUUCAGCUACACGGAGCUGCUAAUUUCUGUUCUGGGAUUUUUUGCAAUCUUCAUUUGUUUCAGAACUGCAGUAGGCAAUGUGGCUAUAUCUAAACCUCUGUCCAUAGAAACCAUAUAUCACUGAGAUUUUACAAUUACCUCCAUUCCAAUAUUUAGAAUGCUAUGUUGGGUACCAGUGUUUGUUUUCAAAAGUUAUUAAACUUCAGGAAUAAUGCAUCAAGGUGAGAAUGUACCUGCACUGGUACUCUUGUUGCAUUUCACUUUUCUUCCCGAUAUGAUUUCAACCUUUGGUCAUUUUGGGUACUCAAAUGAUUUAUCUUCCUUGAAUUGGAUACUGAGGUGGGAGGCAUUAUUCCUAAAUACUGAAUUUGUCACCUAUUGCCGUUCUCUUCCCCCCCGAAUAUUAAAAUGUUUUGAAAACAACAGGAAGGCAGUGAAUAAUUAAGGAGCCUAUAUGUUAACUCCUGGUUCUGGAUGCAGUUAGAACGUAUCUAGAAAAACUGAUGCAAAAGCACCAGGAAGGGAAGCUGGGAUAGUAAGGGGAGGAGGAAUGAGACACUUUGAGACAUGGGCCCAGAUCAAUACUACUUGCUUCCCCACCUCCAGUCACAAACACUAUGACCAUUUAUGUAUUUACUACUUACCCCACCACUGUUUGCUUCGCAAUGGGUUUUUUCCACAGGUUUUUGUUUACACAGAUCCCCCCCCCCCCCCCGCAAAGUAUCCCUAGCCAACCCCAUCCACCAUUUUGCCUGCCCACUGCUUCCUUGUUGUUUUUGUACAGGAGGCUGCCUGCUGCCUUUUUAAAAAAAGUUGCUGUCUUUGGCUUAGUGUUGCUUCACUAGACAAUGUGAAUUUCAUUUUAUCAGUGAGUUUAAAAAAAACCCUCUUCUGAUUGUUCAGAAAUGGUGCUGUGAAACUGCUGUGGUAUGGGCAGGGAGGAGUGAGAAAACCUGAAGAAAGGCUAACGCAUAUGGAUCUCCUUUGCUAUCCCUAUGAAGGGAGUGAAAGAAUUGCACUUUGACAGUUUUUGGAAACUUCAGAGAUUCUGUGAUCUGAGAGCGCAGUGAGUUCCAAAGAGGGGAAAACAUGUGCAUAGCCAAGAAUCUAACCCGAAGAGAAUGUCCACUCAAUGUGAAGGAGAUCACAAGUGCGUAAAUGGCCUAUGUGUGUGUAGAAGGCUGAAGUAUAUGGUUGCUGAAAUUAAUGUUGAGUGGCAGUGGCAUAUUGAUCAAAUGACCUUACCCCUAUGCCAGAGUGAGCAUAUCUUUCCAUCUGGCAGGAGUUCCCACCCUUCUCAAACCCUGAGCCUUUGGGAUGCUCAAAAAGUAGUGAACCACCUUGAUGUUUUCCAGCUUUUCUCUGAAACUCCUGCAAUCAUACUGAGCUUGUAACACCUUUGACACUUGUAAAUGGAAAAAAAACCUUCAUUUGUCCGACUCAGUAAGAAAGGUGCCCAUAACCACUUCAGAGUAUCUCCAGAGUAUAGUGUGAUGUCAGAAGUUUCCACCAUUCACCUGUUGGAAAGGAUGGGAUCUUUUGUUCAUGUAAAUUCUGCAUGGCUGUUAAAAGUCCAACAAAAAUUUUGAACCCCUGCAUUUAUGACAUGGUUUUGGGGUUAGAUAUUCUUCUGUCUUCUGGUUUCCAGUUCUUUUCAUAUUAAAAUGGUAAGUGCCAGCAUUAUAUUAAAUUUUGAAAGAAUGUUUGGAAGCUCUGUGUUCUCUUUUUAGGUUCAUAGGUAUAAUCCUGGUUACUUUUUAUUCCUAACAUCAUUUUGCCUCUAAUAUUUUAGUACCAUCUGAUUUCUUUCCAUCUCUUUUUGUUAAAAGAAGACCACGAUCUGAAGUGUAGUUGAUCACUCGUAAGGGAUUGCAUUUAAACCUGUAGCAGUGUAACUAAGGGGAAAUGGAAACUGUAGCUACUGAGGUUUUGCCUUGGUUCUGCCACCAUCUUGCUGUACAAACUUAGACAAAUCAUCUUGUCAUAUGUUCCUCAGUUUUUUCCAUCUAUAUUAAUAGCUACCUCAUGGGGCAAAAGUGUAGACUUAUGUUUGUUGUACAUGCUGGAAAGAGGCCCUGUGGCCUUUAUAGAAGUGGAAUUGUACUUCCUUGACAUGUUGAAAUCCCUACUUGAUGUUAAGAAAAGAACAUCAAUUUAAAAUGAUUUUCUAAGGUCUUGUAUAAGCCAAGGAAGCAGUGCAUCUUUGGCAGUUUUCCAAGGUUAGUUUAUCACUAUGCCAGACAGAUGAGCAAAUCUGAGCAGUCUCUGGAAUAUAUAUUUGUUCUUUGAUUUUUAAGGUUGAAACCUGCUGUUUGCCAUUUUUAGCAUUUAACUUAAAAUUCUAAAGGGUUGCUGCUGCAAGUGUAGAUUAAGUAGUUACCAACCUGGGUAGAUGGGGAAAAAAUUUCAGCUGAGAUCAGUUGUAGUCAUGCUCCAGAUAAGACAGGCUCCUCAGAAGACUCUGAGCUUUUAGGUACAAAACCAAAUUAUUUUACAUAGAGGAAUAAACUUAGCCGAAUAACCCAAUUAUUUAUUUAAUGUAUAUGCAUCCCACUCUCCUUCAUGGAACUCAGGGUCGCUUAUGUAAGGCUUUUGGGAGAUCUCCUAAAGAACAUUUUUCAACUUCCAAUCUGUGAAAGGGAGCUCAGUGACUAUUGAUGGCUCCAAGAUAGAGUAUUUAAUGUAUCAUGAUUAGCAAUCACUUACCGUAUAUACUCGUGUAUAAGUCGACCCGCAUAUAAGUCGAGGCACCUAAUUUUGCCACAAAAAACUGGGAAAACUUAUUGACUCGGGUAUAAGUUGAGGGUGGGAA